AUGGUAAUCUUCGUAAUCUGCCUGUUCGUACUCGGCGGAUUCGUAAAGAAGAAAAGGCACCAAAUCAUACAUGACGGUCUCGCAUGGGCGGACCUGACUCCGUCAAACCGAUGUCUACGCUAUAGCACCCGAGAAUACUCUGCUCAGCUAAUGGGCGUACUCCCAGGCGAAGAUGGCUUGCGAUGGUGCAAGAAGAAAGAAAUUACCAUUCACAGCGUCGAUUUCGAGAAGCCAGGGUAUUGUACCGUCGAUGCGCCGACGAACCCUCGGAUUUAUGGUCAUUGGACGGUCGAGUCGAAUGAGCCAAGCUGUCAGACAUUGUGGGAGGACUUCCAGGAUAAGGGAUGCGUAGCGAAAGGCUCAAAGCGUCGCCGCAUUGAAGCUCAUAUGGAGAAUCAUCAGCCGCCAUGGGAUAAUUGGCGAGAGAUGUGCUCUACGACACCUGUAGACUAUGGUGGGUAUCAUUUUGACCAGCCGAAUAGCUGUGACCAUCGGGGUAUUUUCAGCGGUGUAUGGGGUGUUUGGUUUGUCAAGGAUGAGAGCUGCUGA